AUGCCCACUCGCAUUGAGGACAAUCCACUGCUGUCGAUAAACGUGAAGUUGUGGAAAUUUCUCUCUGUGCUCAUUGCGCGCAAUUCGCGUCGUUGUAUCGCUUUUGUGGCGCCAGUAUGCCUGAUGAACGCAAUGCAAUUUGUUUAUUUGUAUCAACAAUGGGGUGAUGUGGCCACUUUCAUAUUGAAUACCUUCUUUGCGGUGUCCAUCUUCAAUGCUUUGUUGCGAACGUGCCUUGUCAUCAAGAAUCGAGAUAAAUUUGAAGCACUUAUGCGAGAAUUGGUAAUACUAUAUGACGAUAUACAAGCCACUGGAGAUGAAUAUGCAAAAACUGUAUUGGCAGCAGCCACUAAGACGGCAAGAAAAAUAUCCAUUUUCAAUUUAACAGCUUCAUUUAUGGACCUGAUUAUGGCGGUGGCAUAUCCCUUAUUUCAGGAGAAGAGAAUUCAUCCGUUCGGCGUUGCAUUACCCUUCUUUGAUGUUACACGCUCUCCGCUUUAUGAAAUUUUCUACUUUAGUCAACUGUCUUGUCCCUUCAGUCUAACCUCCAUGUAUAUGCCUUAUGUGAGUCUAUUCGCCUCCUUCGCAAUGUUCGGCAAAGCAGCACUAAAGAUAUUGCAAAGAAAUCUCAGAAAUCUAUGCGAGAAUAUGCAGCACAAAAGCGAGCCGGAACUUUUCGAAUCACUCCGUACGCAUGUAGCCUACCAUGCCAGGAUUGCGAGAUAUAUAGAGGCGUUUAAUGAAUUGGUUACCUAUAUAGUACUGGUCGAGUUUUUACUCUUUAGCUGCGUUAUUUGCUCGCUGCUCUUCUGCAUAAAUAUUACCAACUCAAAUGCCGAAAAAGUUUCUAUUGUCAUGUAUAUUGGCACAAUGUUGUAUGUGCUUUUUACCUAUUACUGGCAAGCGAAUGGUAUUUUGGAAAUGAGCCUCCUCGUAUCCGAUGCCGCUUAUGAAAUGCAGUGGUACAACUGCAGUCAACGUUUCAAGCGAACUUUACUCAUCUUCAUUGGACGCACUCAAAGGCCAUUACAGAUUCGAGUCGGUCAAAUGUAUCCAAUGACUAUGGAAGUAUUUCAAUCCCUGCUCAACACAUCCUAUUCAUAUUUUACACUUUUGCAUAACCUCUAUAGCGAUUAA